AUGAGCGGAGGCGCCAGCAGAGGGGCGACAACAGUGAAGUUGUUCGAUGCUCACUGCCACCUCCAGGACCCCAGGAUCUUUUCCGUGGCGACCCAGAUCAUCCGUAAAGCCCAAGAGACCGGCGUCGUCAAGUUCGCCGUCAACGGUGUAUCCGAGGUGAUCCAAACCGCUCUGCAAAUUUUGGGAUUCUGUGGGUUUCGGGGGUAGGAGUUGAUGGGUCGGAGUUUGAAGCCAGGAGUCUUAUUUUUAAUGUUGGUCGCGGUCGUUUCUACUGCAUUUGUUCGUUUUUUCAGAAGGAUUGGCAUCUGGUAAAGCACAUGUCCGAGCAACACCCCUGUGUGAUCCCCUGCUUUGGCCUCCAUCCUUGGUAAAAAAUAAUAAUAAUAAAAAACUUUAUUACUCAAGAUUAUCAGUAAUAUACCGGGUAUUUUAUUUUCUUUUGAUUCGCUUUACCAUCAGGAAUUGAAUUCAUCCGGCGUACCAUGAAAUGGUUUCAGGUAUGUUCUCGAGAGGUCACCAAACUGGUUGAGCGUGAUGAAGGAAUUCUUCAGCGCGGUGCCUGGUGCUGCAGUCGGCGAAGUAGGACAAUGAUUUCCCUUUCUGCGAUUUCCGUUGAUAGUCUGCAUUAUUAUUAUUAUUAUUAUUAUUUUAAUCCUGAGAUGUUUGGGUCCUAAUUUCUUAUUUCUUACCCAUAUUCUUAUCACGUGGGAUAUUUUUAUCAUCCAAUGCGUUGCUUUUCUUCAGUAUUUAAUGUUCUAAUGGACCAAUUUUUUCAUUUCCUUUCUACAUUAUUUGAAACUGAUGCCUUGUUGGUAUUACCAUGUGAAGAGAGAUCAACUUCCUAAUGUACUUGUCAAAAAUAUUAAUUUUAUUUUAUUCUUUAGCCUUAGAAAGACGAGGUAUUUAGCUAUGCGAGCUAAGUUUGAAUUAGAGACUUCUCUUGAUGCUUCACAUCUCGUUCCUUCUGCCCUUUGCCUAACUUUUUGGCGAAUGUCUUUUGUGCUUUGUGAUGCUCCUCCUGCAACAUGUUUUUUUUUUUUCCCAAACUACAUAGCCACCCUGUAGAAAAUAUUUGACCGUAUUUUGGAAGGUUUUCAUGUAAUAAAAUGAUAUACUUGUUGAAAACCAUGCAGGAGAUGCUACUCGUCAUCUAGCAAUUGUUCUUGUGAAACAUUUUGAGUUGCUUCAUCCAGCUGAGAUUGUUUCAUUUUUUUAUUUUCAAGCAGAUGUUUUUCGUAACUGAUCGUCUGGUGGAGCCUUUAAAAGGCAUCGAUCAGUCACCCAACUGUUCUUGGGAGUCAACUUGUUUUAAUGGUGAAAUUUUUUGAGUGUGUCUGUAUUUGGGAAUCUUUUGGGAUCAUUGUUGGAAGCUCUCCCCAGAUUUAUGGGAUAAGAGAAAUAUUCAAUCAUGGGUGGGACAUGGAAUUUCAUAUUAUUGGCUUCACCUUUUGCCUUUAUAAGCUCAGUUUUACUGAUUAUUUGUUUCAAACCAAAUAAUCUUCUUCUAGAUACAAAUCUACUUUGAUAUGAAAAAAUGGGUUGGCUUUGACAUCGUGAGAAAAGGUGAUUUUCUGCUACAUACGUUAUACAAUUAUUCUGUUUUGAGAAAAUGUCAGCAUGAUCGGAACUCCAGUACUCUUCUGUUUGAAAAUUUUUAGUCUUUAUCAAUUUAUUGGCCGGUGAUUAUCUCCCUUAGAGAGAUUCCAUGGGUUCCAUUCUUGGAUUCAUUGUUUCAAACCAAAUAAUCUUCUUCGAGAUACAAACUACUUUGAUAUGAAAAAAUGGGUUGGCUUUGACAUCAUGAGAAAAAGUGAUUUCCUGCUACAUACGUCAUAUAAUUAUUCUGUUUUGGGAAAAUGUCUGCAUGAUAGGAACUCCAGAACUCUUCUUAUAUUUGAAAUUUUUUUAGUCUUUAUCAAUUUAUUGAUCGUUGAUUAUCUCCCUUAGAGAGAUUCCAUGGGUUCCAUUCUUGGAUUCAUGCAUCUGAUCUCCAUCUUGACCAUUUUCAGAUAGGAUUGGAUAAAGGUUCGCAUGGGAAGAAAAUUGACUUCAUGGAUCAGGUGAUCCCACAGAAAGUGCAUAUUUAGUAUCAUUUAUAACCUCGAAAUUUGCAUCUCAUUUUUGAAUUCAUGUAAUAAAACUGUUCAAGAAAAAAAAAAUGAAUUCAUGGAAAAUUGGGUCGAAAUUUCUUUUGCUCCUAAUGGAUAUCUUCUCUCAUACGCCAUGAAUCCCAUUAUUUAUUCCUCAGGUUCAAGUUUUCCGACAACAACUUAAACUAGCAAAAGAGUUAGAGAGGCCUGUUUCUGUUCAUUGUGUUCGAGCCUUCGGUGACCUUCUAGAAAUACUGCAGUACGGUUACUUUUCUCAUCAGUUUUGAUAUCUUUCAUCGACGCUUUUAAUGUACUAAUACAUAAACCAUGCUAUUAUGUCAUCAGUUUUCAUCUGCAUGUAAACCAUGCUAUUAUGCAUUAGUUGUUCAGGAUGGUUUAGGGUUGAGUCUAGAUUUUCUUUGUCUUUGCCGUUGUCGAUAUGGCAGGAUUAGAAUGUGGAGGAGAACGUGUAGCAUGGGCUGAACUAAUAUCGAAUUCAUUGGCUAAUAUCCUUGUAUCAUACCAUGUCUGCACGGCCUUUUGGUUUGUGUCCUUUCCUUUUAGAAGCAUUGCAGAAAUGAUGACCAAAUAAUCAUCAGGUUAUCUCAGAUGGUUUCCAUGCACUUUCCCUAGUUUUCUUUUAAGGUAUUCUAUUUUUUUAGAAAUAUCAAUUUGACUACAGCUUCUGUCUUUCAAUACAUUAACCAAAAAGUUUUUCCAUUUGGGUUUCUUUUUCUUGUUACUUUGAUUUUUCAUAUUGUUCGUCUAACAACUGAUCUGAUCGUUGUUCUUUGAAACUGUCCACUUGUCUACGAGGAAUAUCUACAACAAUGGAAUUUCAAACCCAUUAUUAUAAUGUUAGGAUUCUUUUUAUUAAUUCGGACUAAGUUUUGUCUGAAUAUCUCUGUUCCUCAGUUGUUGGAUCAUUGCAUCUUGAAUUGGUCUUUUUUAGAUGGACUAUAGACUAUUGAAUUAAUAGGAAGCAUGCGAUCCUUUUUUUCAUCAAAGUUGGAGUAUAUAUUUCGUUUUGAUCUGACGAAUUGUUAAACUCUAACGAUAACAAAACCAAAACAUAUUGGAUCUACUCCCAGAACGAAAUAAUUCAAAUUAUUUCUUCAGAUGAAUAUAUUCACUCUUUGGAUGAACGGGCCAACCAAUGGGGAAAGGGUUGACCCUUGGGUGACAGGGUCACCCUUUGAUGGAAUUACUGACUCCUGUUGAGCAGAGCAGCCAGGACAAUCGGGAAGAGCAUCUGAUAUGUGGCCAAAUCACAUGUCAUUCAAAUAUUACUCCAGAAAUUCGUUGCAAUGGGUAUGGAAAGGGCCAUCCACUGUAAUGAAUUAAUGUCUCCCCUCAUGUUUUCCAUACCUUUUGGCUAACUCGAACCUUAUAGUCCGUGGAUUGUGAAACAUUGCACCAAAGUUCCCAACUUCUAUUUUUCUUGGUCGUGGUCAUGUCCAAUUAUAAAUUCGUAUACAAAAAACCCUUGUAGAAUAGAUAAUCUUGGAUAUGAACACCCUCAACAUCCUCCAGAAAAUGGCAAAAUAAAGUUUGCCUUUGUUCCAAAUCACCUUUAAUUGGAGAAUAUGGCGUGUGAAUUGUUUCUUGACUAGUGCAGACAGCUGCCUGUGAACAUCUUCUUUUACUAGAGCACUUUCUUUACUACGUCACUUAGUUUUAAAGAUCUUCAACACCACCAGCUUCUACUCUUGGACCUCUGUAAUUGACUACAACUGACUUCCCCGCGACACCAGAAACUUUGUAGCUAAAUUGUGUUUCCAUGAACAGUAGCUUCUACUACAUUGCGAUUUGUUAACCUUUGGGCUUAUAGAAAACCUUCAUUUUCAUUUGACUGGGGCUCCCAUCUGAACUUCGAUAGGGUGUCAUUGUGGACAGUUUCGGUCAGUAAAUGGUGGAAAACGGUGGAUAAGAGUUUAUAUAUUUUUGUUGCGGCCAGUGAGCUAGCGUACAUAUUUUCUAGUUUAAUUUGUAUUUUUCCUACCCUGAGCUCUAUAACUCAUCUAUGAGCCAACCAUGCCAGCUAUCGCAGAUGCUUGACAGUCUCUCUGGUUAUUAGGUCUGAGGGGCCGUUCCCAGCAGGUUUGAUCCUCCAUUCGUAUCUCGGGUCGGCUGAAAUGGUCCCAGGGUUCGCCAAGCACGGUGCUUAUUUUUCUUUUUCUGGGUACCUAACGAGCAUGAAACCACAGAAGGCGAAGAAAAUGCUUAAGAUGGUGUGCCCUUUGAUCCUCUGUUGCUUCCCCGACAAAUUUUGUUGUGAGAUCAUGCGGCCAGACAUUUUUAUCGCAGGUACCCACUGACAGGAUUCUGCUGGAAUCGGAUGCACCUGAUGGGCUUCCACAGCUGAAAGGAUGCUCCUUAUCAUGUGUGCCUGGGGAUGCUUCCAUUCCACAAGAGCAACCGGUGCACAGUGGGACAACCAAUAUAGAUUCAAAGGGAACACUAAAUCAUCCUGCAAAUAUUUCUACUGUCAGUUCUUUCUUCUUCUUCUUCUUCUUCUUCUUCUUCUGCUGCUGCUGAGUCUUCUUUGAAGGUGCAACAAGUUCAUAAUCAUGCAGCUUAAUAAGAUUGGUAACUAAUGAGAGUAAAAUUCCAAUAGCAAUCUCUAUGGUCUGUGUUUUUUUCCCUGCGGUGUAAGUCUCUGAGCUUUAUUGGAAGCAGGGAAUCCAUUACUAAUCAGCUUCCGAAGAAAAAUUCUAGUUUUGGUAGCAGAACUUGUUCUUCUAUGUUACUUGUCAACCAAGCUCUGCAUCCCCCAUCUCCAUAUGUUCCAUAAUACUGUACUUCCUCUGCCAAGUAUCAAUUAUGUUCACUUAUCUAGCCUUAUUUUGAUCGCCUGCAUUCACGAAUCAGAGAUCUUGCUACUUUCCUAAAUUGCUUCCUCCGUCUCAGGUGCUGGGUUAUGUGGCCACAUUGCUGGAGAUGCCGGAAGACGAACUCGCACAGGUGAGUUACAGAAACGCGAUGCACCUAUUCUCGUAUCCUGGAUCAAAAAUUUCAGAAGAAGCUGCUCUCUUAUGA